AUGUGCAGAGUGGUGGGCUUGACAUGUCUCCUCGUACUGGCUGCGACUGCGACUGCCUUUGAUGCAAAGCAUGAGCCGGAGCACACGCAGAAGGACGUAACGCGGCAUCAAAGUUUCGUUGUGGAUGGCUCUGCCGACAUACGCCCGGCUCAUCCAGCACCCUCCCCGCAGCUAUCGCACUUGCUGCCUGUGGAGGAGCUGGCAUCCUCCGACGCGGAGCUUGCACGGGUACAACUACUGCGGUCUGAACCGUCGGCGCCUGCUAGCCUGUCGCAAGGCGCCGGUGGGAAGGCCGCUGCUGGCCUCAAGCCCACUCCGAGGCUGGCCACCUGCGCAGGGGCCAAGCUGGCUUGCACGGCGGCAGCCGAUGUGGAUCCAUGCAAAGGGACGGACUGCCUCGGGCAUCAUGCAUGCAUGGGCUCUGGCUACAGGAACUGUGCCAUCAGAAAGUCCGGACCAUCAGGCCCUGUUUGUGCCACCGAAGAAGAGGGCUGCGUUCCAGCGUGUGAAGGGGCUCGGGCCGGCAGCGCGGCUGACUGCAGGAACCUGCCGCGAGGGACCCAGUGUCGCGGAACCUACGUCGUCAUCGACAACGUGGCCACCCAGUGUUUUGCCACGCUCGGGGAGGACGACGUGGAGGUCGAGUGUGAAAACGGUUCGCCUUGUGGCGACGCAGAGCGCGAGAACCCGUAUCAGGGAGCGAGGCAGGGUGCUAUGCUCAUAUCAACCUCACGCCCUGCUGCUUUCCCGAGAGUGUCGUGGCACUAG